AUGGCUACCGAGGCUCGGCUUGCUCCGUGGUCUACCGGUGCUAAACUCCUUUGGGUUUUGGGAUGCAUAUGGUCUAUUUGUCGUGAUUACUCCGGCUUGUUGGGCUUGCCUCUCGGACCUCUAGCUUUGUGUAGUUUCUAUUACUCGUCGUUCUCGUUCGUCGUUAUUCCCGUCGGCACUUGCUUCUUGGCUCUAGCUAGUAGUAGUCUCGUCGGUGCUAACCUCCUUUCGGUUUUAGGAUAUGUAUGGCUUGUUUAUCGCGAUUGUUCCGGCUUGUUGAGCUCGCCUACCGGACCUCUACUUUGUGUAGCUUCGCUUGCUAUUGUUCCUGUCGGCUCUUGCUUCUUAGCAUUGCCAUCCAAGUAUUCGGCCUCUAUUGAUGAUCCACGCAGUCCAAGUAUCCAUAAAGAAGCACUUAAAAUUAAUGGGGCUCCUAAAUAUGUUCUCAAUGUAUUAAGCAUAAAAGACUCCUCUUUUAUCUCUUGA